UCGGCGACGGUCUGCGAUUGCGCGCAGUGCGAAACAAGUUGCAGAGAUCAGAGAUUUUAACCAGGCCCAAAACAUAAAUCUGGCUAGUGAGGUGUUUAGAGCCAAAGAAGGCAAAAAUAAAUAUUGUGCGUGUGUGCGUAAAGUGUGUGUGCCAAUAAAAUCAAUUGCAAAGCCAAAACAUUGAAAAAUAAUUUUUUUUCAAAUUUAUUGCGGACAUACUAACAUCUUCGCCGAGUUGUGCAAUUUGGCCAAAAAGGCAUUUCCCAUAAGAAGCUGAACAAUACGAAAACGAAAAGUUAAACAAUUAAUUGCAGAAAAGGAAACUGAACGCAAGUCCACAACUGGACACAGACAUAGAAAAUACAUCCAAGCAAAAUGUCCACCAGCACAUCAGCCUGUGAUUGUUUGGUGGGCGUGCCCACCGGACCCACCCUCGCCUCCACAUGCGGCGGCAGUGCGUUUAUGCUGUUCAUGGGUCUGCUCGAGGUUUUCAUAAGGUCCCAAUGUGAUCUUGAGGAUCCCUGUGGACGCGCAAGUUCGCGGUUUCGUUCGGAGCCAGAUUACGAGUACGAUUUCAUUGUCAUUGGCGGUGGUUCAGCUGGCUCUGUGGUUGCGUCUCGUCUCUCCGAGGUGCCGCAGUGGAAGGUGUUGCUCAUUGAAGCCGGAGGGGACGAGCCGGUGGGAGCCCAAAUCCCAUCCAUGUUUCUGAAUUUCAUCGGAAGCGACAUUGACUAUCGUUACAACACGGAACCAGAGUCCAUGGCAUGUCUGUCCUCCAUGGAACAGCGAUGCUAUUGGCCUCGAGGAAAAGUCCUGGGCGGCACGUCGGUGAUGAAUGGUAUGAUGUACAUACGUGGCAAUCGUGAGGAUUACGAUGAUUGGGCGGCACAGGGCAAUCCCGGCUGGUCGUACAAUGAUGUUUUGCCAUUCUUUUUGAAAUCCGAAGAUAAUCUUGAGCUGGAUGCUGUGGGUACAGAAUAUCAUGCCAAAGGCGGCCUUUUGCCAGUGGGCAAGUUCCCCUAUAACCCGCCCUUGUCUUAUGCCAUCCUCAAGGCCGGCGAGGAGAUGGGCUACUCUGUGCAGGACCUUAAUGGCCAGAAUGCCACGGGUUUCAUGAUUGCCCAAAUGACGGCUCGCAAUGGCAUUCGAUAUAGCUCCGCCAGAGCAUUCCUGAGACCUGCACGUAUGCGCAACAAUUUGCAUAUUCUGUUGAACACGACUGUCACGAAAGUGCUGAUUCAUCCGCACACGAAAAACGUGCUCGGCGUGGAGGUCAGCGAUCAGUUUGGCAGCACUCGCAAAAUAAUGGCCAAGAAGGAGGUAGUGUUAAGUGCCGGCGCCGUCAAUUCCCCUCAGAUUCUGCUGCUCAGCGGUGUUGGUCCCAAGGACGAGCUGAAACAGGUGAAUGUAAGGCCAGUUCAUAAUUUGCCUGGCGUGGGCAAGAACCUGCAGAAUCAUGUGGCCUUCUUCACCAACUUUUUCAUUGACGACGCGGACACAGCGCCGCUUAACUGGGCCACGGCCAUGGAGUAUUUGUUAUUCCGCGAUGGGUUAAUGUCUGGCACAGGCAUUUCCGAUGUCACCGCCAAGCUCUCCUCCCGUUGGGCUCAGCGACCGGAUCUGCCCGAUCUGCAGCUCUACUUUGGCGGCUAUUUAGCCAGUUGCGCACGUACGGGUCAAGUGGGUGAACUUUUGUCAAAUAACUCCCGGUCUAUACAAAUCUUUCCGGCUGUGCUGAAUCCCAGAUCCCGAGGUUAUAUCACACUACGUUCAUCCGAUCCUCUUGACCCACCUCGUAUCUUUGCCAACUAUCUGACUGACGAGCAUGAUGUUAAGACGCUUGUGGAUGGUAUCAAGAUUGCCAUAAGACUUUCACAGAGCUCUCCUCUCAAGCAGUAUGGCAUGCGCCUGGACAAGACCGUGGUCAAGGGUUGUGAGUCGCACACCUUCGGCAGCGAUGCGUAUUGGGAGUGCGCGGUGCGUCAGAAUACCGGGCCGGAGAAUCAUCAGGCUGGUUCCUGUAAAAUGGGUCCCAUACAGGAUCCCCUGGCCGUUGUUAAUCAUGAGCUGAGGGUACAUGGCAUUCGAGGAUUGAGAGUGAUGGACACGAGCAUCAUGCCCAAGGUAACAUCGGGCAACACGCACGCUCCAGCUGUGAUGAUUGCCGAGAAGGGCGCCUAUCUGCUGAAACGGGCCUGGGGCGCCAAAGUCUGACGUGUGGAUGCAACGUGGACGCUGCAUAGAGUAAUUUAAAAGAAAAUUAUAUUGGAAAUUACUAAUAUCGCAUUAAAACGGCGUACAAAUUUAAGCGAAAUUACCUAUAAGGUUCCAACACUAAACUAUUCUUUAUUACAAUUAAUCUAUUGGCUAUACUAUAUCAACUACUUCUAUAUUACGAUCCUCACUCUAAGCACUGACCUCGUUGCGCGAUCUAUUCUACAGUUCCCGACACACAUACUAACUCACACACACACAGACACACAUUAAGUUAACUUUAUAAUACUUUAACUAACUCUUGUAAACGUUUAUGAUGACAAAAAAACAGAAACACAAUGACAUCCAUUGAACUAUUUAGACUUCGUUUAACGCUCAUUUAAAUAUUAUUAAUAAUUUUGUAUUAUACUUAUCAAUGAGAAUAUUGCUAUCGCAUGUAUUUAUUGUUCGAUUAAAGUGCAACUAUUUAGUGUAAA